UGGAGGGACAGUGAAGGCAGUACCGAAAACACGUCCCCUAGGAGGAAAGUCAUAUCCACGGGCAGAGAGGAGGCACCAGGCCUGUGGGUAGGCCUUGUGCAGCAUGAGCUUUCUUUCUCUGCAGAAGGCUGUCUGUGCCCUGCCUCCCCAUGGCCCACCUGGGAGCUCAUUUUGCCUUUAGAUCCCGCUGGCAGAAGACCGAUGGUGAACUCUGCCGGCAUAGCAUGUCCUUCAUCCUUCACAGAGCCAUUCGCAAUGACUUCUUUCAGAGCUACCUCUACCUGCUGGAGAAAAUUCCCCUGGUAAAAUUGUAUGCAUUAACAAGCCAAGUCAUCAAUGGCGAGAUGCAGUUCUAUGCCAGAGCUAAACUUUUCUACCAAGCAGUACCAGCCACAGAAGAAGGCAUGAUGGGUAAUUUCAUUGAACUCUCCAACCCAGACAUCCAGGCCUCUCAGGAAUUUCUUAGGAAAUUUGUUGGGGGGCCUGGAAGAGCUGGAACUGGCUGCGCCUUGGACUGUGGCUCUGGGAUAGGAAGGGUGAGCAAGCACGUCUUGCUGCCGGUUUUCAACAGCGUGGAACUGGUGGACAUGAUGGAACCUUUCCUGCUUGAGGCGCAGAGCUACCUGCAGGUCAAAGCGAACAAAGUAGAAAGCUACCACUGCUACGGCCUGCAGGAGUUCACGCCUCCCUGCGGGAGAUAUGAUGUCAUCUGGAUCCAGUGGGUCUCAGGGUACCUGACUGACAAGGACCUUCUUGCAUUUCUUUCCCGAUGCCGAGAUGGCCUGAAAGAAAAUGGUGUCAUCAUACUGAAGGACAAUGUGGCCCGGGAGGGCUGUACCUUCGAUCUCUCAGACAGCAGUGUGACUCGGGACAUGGACAUCCUCCGGAGCCUCAUUAGGAAGAGUGGCCUGAUGGUGCUGGGCCAGGAGAAGCAAGAGGGCUUUCCAGAGCAGUGCGUUCCAGUGUGGAUGUUUGCCCUGCAUAACCACAGACACUCCUGAUCGGCAGGGAAAUGAGCAACUGCACUGGGCAGAGGUGUUUGGGACUGGGGACCUCUCCCAGGGUGCCCCCAAAAUGCAGACAGAGAUGGAGAGGAGGGAUGCAAUGCACGUUUGGAAAUGAUUGAUUAUGUCGUAUGUACAGGUUUCACUAAUGCGAUAAUGCCAACACUCAUGUGCACACUCAUGUGUAUGGUUUUACUGAUGGGUAAUGCACACUGAUGUGCAUACACUUGUGUGCACACGAUAAUGACUGACGAUGUCAUAUGUAGGGGUUUCACUGAUGGAAUAAUGCAUGCUUUGAUGUGCAUGCACUCAGGUGUGCACACGCUGUGAUGAUUGAUGACGUUGUGUGUAUGGUUUCACUAAUGGGAUAAAGCAUGCUGAUGUGCACAUGCUGUAAUGACUGAUGAUGUGUGUAUGGGUUUCACUAAUGGGAUGAUGCACUAUCUUAUGUGCACACACUGAUAGGCAUACACCGGGAUGAGACAUGCACAGACUAACCAUUGGCUUUCUGGAUAAUGGAGCAGAUCAUUCUGAAAAAACCUUUAAGAAGCUAUGUACAUCUAAAUUGUACAAGUGUGCAUGAAAAUAGAAAAGGAAAAGUACUUAUGAAUUCUCAGCUCUCUCCCUCGCUGAUUAUUUGUGUUAUAGAGCUGUCCGGUGUGGGUGAGAGAAAGCCAACACCCCCUUCUUUGCCCUAGGGUCAGCUACUUUAUUCUUCCUCCCUCUUUGACACUACUACCACUUCUCUUGAACAAA